UGCGUACAAAACUGCAAUGAAUUGGAGAAAAAUUAGGAUGGGGAAGAAGGGUGGGUGAUUUGAACCACCACAUUUCUCUUUCUCGCACCUGAGCUCUCAGUGCAGCGGCAGUGGCUUUUGACGGCGACGGCACUUAACAAGACGCUCACUUUUCUGGUUGACGACACUCAGUUCUCGGCCUUCCAGCAGCCCUUUUCAGCGUUUUCCUCCUUUUCGGCGAGGUUUAGAAUAGUUUCGAUUCGGAUACUUUGCAGCAAGGAGCCAAGUUUGUCUUGGAGUCUUUUGGUCAUUUCAGAAGUGCUUUAGAACGCUUAGGUAACUAGAAUUCUCCUUGUUGGGUUUGUUUGCUUGUACGCUAGCAUGAUGCAUCAUGUAUUUCUAUUAUGUAUGAUUAUGACCUGUGUUAUUAUGAAACUGUUAUGUGUUCUGAUAUGGUUGGGCAUGCCUUAAUGUUCGUAUUAAUUUUUAAAUGUAUAACCUGUUGGAAUGCUACUUUUUGCCGGUUGAUACAAGCAUGUUUUGAGAAUGCUGGAACAUACACAUGAUUUAAUGUUGAGUGCAUGUUACUGUUUAUGUGGUUUUGGGCAUAAAGCAUGUUAAUAGAGUAGCAUUGUUGGUCUUGGCUUAAUUAGGAUUGGUGCUAUGAGUUUAGAAUGGAAAAUAAUAGAAUUCUUGAGAACGUCGAUGGCCCUUGAUGGAGUCAGUUAGGGCCCACAGAGAGGUCGGUGGGCUUGGGUAAUAUCAGUUGGGGCUGAUAGAGAGGUCAGUGGCCCUGGAUAUAUCAGUUAGGAAUGACAGAGAUCGUUAAUGACCCUGGAUGGAGUCAAUGGGGUCAAUGAAGGGCAAUGAUGACCCUUGAUAUAUUUCGUUGGGGCCUGCAGGGAAUGUCAGUGGCCCUUGACACGAUCAAAUUGGCAACGUGUCUUGAGGGAUUUGUUGAGAAAGGUUUGGUAAAAUUUAUCGAAUUUGAGAAGUUUGAUUUAAAACUGUAUUUUCCUUAUAUAUGAUGAUCUAACUCAUUGGUUUAGCAUGAUGUAAUUGACAUUUAUUGUGGUAGUAUGUUUUUGCAAUGGUUGUAUAUAUGUUGUUAGGUGCUUCAAGUGUGGGCUACUUAUCAGUACAAGUGUGUACUGACCCAUAGGAUUUUGUAGGUGCUAACGAGUAUUGCAACCUUGGUGAUGUUAAAUAGGAAGUCUAAGGUUGACUACUAGUUACGUGGAGAUGGGAUUUUUUUAGUAGGUUUUUGUUUGUUUAUUCUAUUGAGUUCCAUGUUAAUUUGAAUUGGUCAAUUUUAGCAAGUUUGUUGAAUUUGAUUAUGGUGUUUUGUAUAUUAGUUUCUAAAGUUGUAUGAAAUUUCAAAUUGUUUAUGUGCUUUAAAUUGGUAGUGUUUACGUUUAUGUUGUUAUGUUGGCAAUUUUUUUUCCUAACUAUUGUAAGUAGUAGAGUUAGUUAAAGGUCAGGUGUUGGUAAUGUUCCCUAGUUAAAUGUUGAAUUUUGGGAACACUACAAUUAAUCUACUUGAAAUAAAGAUAAUUGAGACUGUAACUGAGAUGAGAUAAUUUUAUUGCAGUCUUUCCUUAUAUAUUUGGCAAUGAACUUCGGAAUUCAACUCUCUAUAAACUAUCUAUUGUCUUAUCUUAUUUUGUUGGUGAUUGCCAUUCAAUUUAUUCCUUGUUGUCCUUGAAACUAUGUAUAUUUUUACUUCAAGUUUAUACUAAUGCCUCCACAUUUAUUGUAUUUGAUUUUGGUUUGCUUUUACACGUAAUUAACAACAAAUGUGACACUUAUCUUGAUGAUGGGUGGCUGUAGAUAAACACCUAUUUGUGAUAUGCAAUGGACAGUUUGCAAAAGAAAUGUGAGGAUGUUGAUGACCCAGUUCCCAUUGAAAAGUGUUCUUGUUCGCAUUGGACUUAAUGGAACCAUGCUUCAAGUUGUUUCUCUGUCAUCUUUAACAUCUGACAGUCUACUUACCACCGUACUUAACUGUAGAAGCCCUAGGAAAGCACUUGAAUUCUUCAAUGCGGCACCAGAAAAGACUAUUCAGCUUUACUCAGCAAUCAUUCAUGUCUUAGUUGGAUCUGAGCUACUUUCCCAUGCCAGGUAUUUGCUAAAAGAUCUCGUACAAAACCUCGUAAAAUCUCACAAGCCUUACCAUGCAUGUCAGUUAGUAUUCAGUGAGUUGAGUCGCUUAAAAUCCUCAAAAUUUAGUCCCAAUGUUUAUGGCGAGUUAAUUAUUGUCUUAUGUAAGAUGGAGCUUGUAGAAGAAGCUUUGUCGAUGUACCACAAAGUUGGGGCGACACUCACGAUACAGGCUUGUAAUGUACUUUUAAAUGUUUUGGUUAAGACUGGGAGGUUUGAAUUGUUGUGGAGGAUUUAUGAAGAAAUGAUUUCCAAUGGGUUGUCUCCUAGUGUUAUCACUUUUGGCACCCUAAUUGAUGGUUGCUGCCGUCAGGGAGAUCUUUUAAGGGCACAAGAAAUGUUCGAUGAAAUGAGAGUGAAAGGAAUUGUGCCAACAGUUGUCGUGUACACCAUUCUUAUUCGUGGGCUUUGCUCAGACAGCAAAAUGGAGGAAGCAGAGAGUAUGCAUAGAGCAAUGAGGGAAGUCGGUGUGUAUCCAAACUUAUAUACUUACAACACUUUGAUGGAUGGGUACUGCAAGUUGGCCAAUGCAAAACAAGCUCUUAGAUUGUAUCAAGAUAUGCUGGGUGAAGGUUUGGUGCCAGAUGUUGUAACAUUUGGCAUUUUAAUUGAUGGACUCUGCAAAUUUGGAGAGAUGAAGGCUGCUCGAAAUCUUUUUGUGAAUAUGAUAAAAUUUUGUGUUACUCCUAACAUAAAUGUCUAUAAUUCUUUGAUUGAUGCUUACUGUAAGGUAGGAGAUGUUUCUGAAGCAAUGGCUUUCUUUUUGGAGCUGGAAAGAUAUAAAGUUUCGCCCGAUGUGUUUACAUACAGUAUACUUAUUAGAGGUCUCUGUUCGGUGACUCGAACCGAAGAAGCAGGUAACAUAUUUGAGAAAAUGACGAAAGAGGGAAUUCUAGCAAACUCUGUUACAUAUAACUCAUUAAUUGAUGGGUACUGCAAAGAAGGCAAAAUGGAAAAGGCACUGGAAAUCUGCUCCCAAAUGACUGAAAAUGGUGUUGAACCGAAUGUGAUCACUUUCUCAACGCUGAUUGAUGGGUAUUGCAAGAUAAGGAACUUGCAAGCUGCUAUGGGCAUAUAUUCAGAAAUGGUUAUCAAAAGCCUCUCUCCCGAUGUGGUUACUUAUACAGCAAUGAUAGAUGGGCAUUGCAAAUAUGGUAGCAUGAAAGAGGCUCUUAAGCUCUAUAGUGAUAUGUUGGAUAAUGGCAUUACCCCAAAUUGUUACACUAUCAGUUGCUUAUUAGAUGGACUUUGUAAAGAUGGCAGAAUUUCAGAUGCACUCAGACUUUUCACGGAAAAGAUUGAAUUUCAGACCCCCAGGUGCAAUGUUGAUGCAGGAGGAAGCAAGCCUUCACUCACAAAUCAUGUCGCUUAUACGGCUUUAAUCCAUGGAUUGUGUCAGGAUGGGCAAUUUUUUAAGGCAGUGAAGUUGUUUUCAGACAUGAGACGUUACGGUUUGCAACCAGAUGAAGUGAUUUAUGUAGUCAUGUUACAAGGGCUCCUCCAAGUUAAACACAUCCUGAUGAUGCUACAUGCAGACAUGUUAAAAUUUGGUUUUAUCCCGAAUUCAGCGGUCUACGUGAUAUUAUGCAAGUGUUAUCAAGGGAGUGGAUUUCUGAAAUCGGCUCAAAAUUGUUCCAAGGAUCUUGAGGAAAAUCUACAGAGGCUAUCUAGCUGUGACUAGAGAAGUUUUAAGCAUCUUCAUUGUCUUCCUCAUGAAGCCGAGUUAAAAAAAAAAAGUGACCCAGAAAACCAGUCCAUUCUCUCUUUUGCGAACACUAUGGAGCUUGAUAAAGCUUACUCUUGUUGAUUCAUAUGGAGCCCAAUACUCUCACAAGUUCGGAUCAUAUCUUUUAUUGGGAAAUUGAGAAAUUGGUUGGGGAUGAAGGGAGGUGGUUUACUACAGUGAAGAUUGAAGCGAGUUUCACUACUGAUCCUGAGGAAGAUAAAAAAUCAGGUUCCUUGGGGUUUUAAUCAAUGCAGAAUUAUUUUGUAUAUAUAACUUAGAAUCUAAAUUGAAUACAGUUUAUUUCAUUCUUUUUUAUUUCAUUCUUUGACAGAAAACCUUUCAAAUCACUAAAGAAAUGGUUUGAAAAGGCAAGAAGUUGGAUAAUCAUCCCAUUAUCUGGGUCAUAAAUUUA